CGUUCAUAGGUAAUCCGGUUACCUCUAUCUGCCCUGCUAGCAGCAUCCUCCAAGACAGCAGCAUGGCAUUUCCUAGUCGCGGCUGCAUUACCUGCAAAACCCGGCGCAUCAAGUGCGAUUCGGUCCAUCCGUUAUGCGGCCGAUGCCAGAAAGCAAGCCGAGAUUGUGUUUGGGAUCAGAAUCAAGAAGCUGGUUUACUAUUCAAGGAUGAGAAUGCCUUUGCUCAAGGCAAACCCCGGCGUCCUUGGAAAUCGAAGGUACAAGAAGUAUCAUCCUUCGUUCCGGCGAAAGAUAAAGCAUUGCAGUUCUGGCUUGAUAAUUACGUAUUCCGAGACGACGAAAUUCCCGAAUUCGCUCGAGAAUAUAACCACUACUUGAUAGCUCACCGUGAUUCAGCCAAACAUAACUCGAGUCUUCACCUAAUUACAUCGGCCUUUUCGCACGCUGUGUUCAGUCGUGUGAUGCAGUCAGGCGAGUCGAUCGAAGAAGCUGAGAAGCUAUUCGCACAGAGUAUUGAGAGCGUGCAAACAGAGAUUCGUCAGCUAUCGCAGAGCAACAUCGACGAGCUUCUCCUUACGACAAUGCUGAUGGCUGACUACAAGAACGUAAUGGAUAGAGAAGGCUGGAACCGUCAGAACCAGGAUGAAGUUUCACUUUUAAAUCCCGACGUGACUGGGUCACGGAUAUGGAAGAAUGCUUAUCAUUACGAUGGAGCCACGGACCUCUUAAGGCAACGGCAACAAAAUAGAUGGACGUCGAAUCUUCUUCUCGAUCGAACCGUAAGGCGACGAUUAAUUCGGGUAUGCAUUCUCCGAGGCAUAUCCGUUCCUGAGUGGAUUCGAGACGGGGCCCAGUUCGGUGAGGAAGGCCCCGUUCUAAUCCUCGAUUCGAUCAUGGUCCGCGUAGCCGCUCUCCGUGAGAGAUCACUUUGUCUCUUUCUUCCGAAAAGUGCAAGAUUCUCAACUCAGCCGCAUCCAGGCGAUCUUGCAGCCGAGGCUCGAUCACUGGACGCCGCAUUAGAAGUGUGGUCUGCUGCACUCCCUGAAGAUUGGAGAUUCACCACACGGUCGGACUCUACGCCGGAUUUUACCUUUGAUGGAGUAAUCCAUGUCUACGCCACGUAUGGCCACGCUGCCAUAUGGUGUCGAUACAACGCUAUUCGUUUAAUUGUCAACAGCAUCCGUAAUAGGGCGCUCUCCGUCAUGGCCCAAUGCUCAUCUCAGAUGUUAUCUGUAGCCCCAGAACAGGAUAUAUGUCUAGGAAAGACGACAUCCCUAGGAACAGACUUGUGUCGCAGUAUUCCAGUCUUCUUUACCUCUAUCACCGUGGAAGGAAACCCCACGGGAGCUAUGGCCAAUGAUAAUAUUGUUCACGUUAAUCAAGAAAUCAAGCCUAAGUUAGCGACGCUCCUAGCAUGGCCGCUAAUCCUGGCGAUCAAUACGGAUAAUAUCCCAGAAUUCCAAAAAGAGUGGCUAAAGAACAAAUUGAAGUCUAUUGCUAACACUUUAGGAGAUGCCAUUCUUGAUGCAGCUAUCGAACAAAAUGAACUGAUGUUCUAGAUACAGUACAGAACCUCCCUACUUCUCAAAGAA